UCGGCGUAUGUCAGAUAGGACAGUAGUCGCUGGUUUGCCGCCUCUGAUUCUGAAUUAAAGUCAAGUCACGCGAAGUCCCGGGAAAGAUUUGAUGUGUUUUAUUUUAGUCUUUCUUUUAAAAAAUAUACUGUGUUUCUCGAAGCUCUCUGUUCCUGAAUCGUAGACAAAAGUUUAUCGAAAAAUGUUUAUAAUCAGAUCGGAAUACGACAGAGGCGUGAAUACAUUCUCCCCGGAAGGCCGGUUAUUCCAAGUCGAAUAUGCCAUAGAGGCUAUUAAGUUGGGUUCCACAGCAAUUGGAAUCCAAACUUCUGAAGGUGUUGUUCUUGCAGUUGAGAAAAGAAUCACUUCACCUUUGAUGGAACCCAGCAGCAUUGAGAAAAUUGUUGAAAUUGAUGCGCACAUAGGUUGUGCAAUGAGUGGAUUAAUAGCUGAUGCCAAAACUCUGAUUGACAAAGCAAGAGUUGAAACGCAGAAUCAUUGGUUUACCUAUAAUGAAAAUAUGACAGUGGAGAGUGUGACGCAGGCAGUCUCUAAUCUGGCCUUGCAGUUUGGUGAAGAAGAUGCAGAUCCUGGUGCAAUGAGCCGUCCAUUUGGUGUGGCUUUACUGUUUGGAGGAAUUGAUGAAAAAGGACCACAGAUGUAUCAUAUGGAUCCAUCUGGCACCUUUGUACAGUGUGAUGCAAGAGCGAUUGGCUCUGCUUCGGAGGGUGCCCAGAGCUCCCUACAGGAGGUUUAUCGUAAGGUACAGGAACUGAUACACAUAGGAUGAUGUAUGCUAUCAGCA